GAGGACCCAAACAAGGAAAAGAAACACCGAAAAAAGCCCACUCCAUGAACUGACGUACUUCUUGGGUUAACGGCCCACAACCCAGCCUACGAAUCCUGCAAGGCUGCAAUUGUGCCAUCCCUUCUUCUAGGAAACCCCAUCAAGUUCCUCUAAAAAAAGGGAAACCUGAUCAAAAAAAUUGGAAAGAAAAUGAGCGCCGGCUCCUCCAUCGCGGUCACAGAGGUGGUGCCACGGCCGGCCAGGCACGGCUCGCCGCUCUCCCUUGGACUCGGGCCUUGCAUGGGUGUGCCGAUGGCGGCGAGAUCGCCGGGUUUUCUUGGCAGUGCCACCGGUCACUUGGCCAGCGGCGUGCGCGAAGGCUCCGACGGCCGACCUUCUCGGUGCCAGCAACGAGCAGCCGUGGAGGUGGAGGCGGAAGCGUGAUCCCCGGAGCCACCGAACGAACUUCCUUCAGCAACUUGUUCGCUGCAUCACCUUCCUGUAAUGGCACAUCUUUGUUGAAUCCCGUAUGUCUCCCGCCUGUUUGUUCUUAUGCCUAUGUACGGUUAUCUGUGUAGAUUAUCAAAAGAUAAUUAAAUAGGCUCAAGGCAACCGAAUUCUGGAAGCGGGCGCCCGAAUUUCCUUACCACUGCAAUUAUUAAUUUGAUCUUCAAACCUGGUUUUAAAAAAGAGUCCGGUCAAACCUGGUGUUUUCAUUUUUAUAGGCUGUUGCAACUCCUGGUAGCUUCUCUGAUGUGGAGAUAUGGUCACCCCGGACGUGCAUAAAAAUUGAGGGAUCCAGGGAUGCACCAUGAUGGUAUUUUACAUAAAUAGGCAACAAUGCUUGACAACUUCCAUUUCGUAUACAACGGAAUGGUGCGUGCUGUAGCCAUAGCAGCGCUGCACUUGUUGCAGCUUCUGGCCAUCGUGCCGUUGCUCCUCUCGGCCAAUAUAUCAUUGCCCAACUGUAUCAGCAAGUGUGGCGACGUUAGCAUACCUUACCCGUUCGGGGUUGGUGCCGGGUGCUACCGCAAGGGAUUCAUGCUCACCUGCAAUGUGACUUACGACCCCCCGAAGCUUUUCCUGGGCUAUGAUGGAGCUGAGGUACUCAACAUAUCUCUGCAUGAUGGAAUGCUGCACAUCGACAGUGGGAUCACCAGGUUGACGGGAAGCAACGGGCACACCAUGAACUGGGGAGUGUCCCUUGAUGACAGCAUCUUUACAGUGUCGGAGUUCAGCAACAAGUUCAUCGUCCUUGGGUGCGGGUUCCAGUUUCUCGUCAGGCUUCCAUACACAGAAGACACCGUUGUUGCCUGCGCUUCUUCAUGCCUGCAUGGCUAUCCAGUGGUAGCGACUGAUGGCACAUGCUCUGGAGUUGGCUGCUGUGAGACAUCCAUGCCAGGGGCACGUAACUCAUACACCAUUGAGCUUCACCCGUUCAGUGCAGGAAAUUACACUUCCAAGCCAGGGAAGCCGUUCAACGCCACCGUGGCUGUAGUGGAGAAGAGAUGGUGGGGCAGCAAGGGCCAGUUGAUGUUAUUGCAGAAAGCUAUCUCAGGAGGCUUUGGCACCUUAGGGAGCAUACCCAAUUCCUCACAACCGGUGGGGAUCGAGGCUGCUGUCAAGUGGAAGUUCAUGAACUUGUCUUGUGCAGAAGCGUUGGGUUCAAGUGAUUUUGGGUGCGUCAGCAACAAUAGCUACUGCCUAGACAAGACUAGCAGGUCACCAGGAUACUUAUGCCAUUGCAGAGAUGGAUUUGAAGGGAAUCCUUACAUACCAAAUGGCUGCCAAGAUAUUGAUGAGUGCACACAACCUGAUAAAUACCCAUGCUUCACUCGCUGCGUAAAUACAAUAGGAUCCUAUGGUUGUACCUGUCCGGUUGGCACCUCUGGCAACCCUGAAAAACUGAAUGGAUGCAUGGAAGACGGAACCAAAUUUUCAGGAUCAGCUGUUGCUACAGGAGUCGCCAUCGUUUCGGGUUUUGUACUUCUCAUUUUUGCUUCUAUACUCUUAAGGCGUAAGGUACGGGCUCAAAAAGACAAACGGCUGAGAGAACUUUUCUUCAAGAAAAACCGUGGGUUGUUGCUACAGCAAUUAGUAGACAAGGAUAUUGCUGAAAAGAUGAUUUUUAGCUUAGAAGAGCUCGAGAAGGCAACAAACAAGUUCAAUGAGGCUCGAAAGAUUGGCAAUGGAGGCCAUGGCACCGUCUACAAAGGAAUUUUGUCUGACCAACGUGUCGUUGCCAUUAAGAAGUCAAAACAUGCAAUUGAAAGUGAAACUGACAAUUUUAUUAAUGAGGUGGCAAUUCUUUCCCAGGUGAACCACAGGAAUGUGGUCAAACUUUUUGGAUGCUGUCUCGAGACAGAAGUUCCAUUGUUGGUAUACGAGUUCAUUUCAAAUGGGACCCUUCAUGAUCACAUUCAUGUCAGUUCUGUACUACCAUUGCCAUGGAGUGAACGACUGAGAAUCAUCCUUGAAAUUUCAAGAUCUCUUGCCUAUCUACACUCAGCUGCUUCAAUAUCAAUAAUUCACAGAGAUAUCAAGACUGCCAACAUACUGCUUGAUGAUAAUCUAAUAGCAAAAGUGUCAGAUUUUGGAGCAUCUCGAGGCAUCCCCAUUGAUCAAACUAGAGUAACAACUGUCAUUCAAGGAACUUUUGGAUAUUUGGAUCCAGAGUGCUACCACACUAGUCGGCUCACCGAGAAGAGUGAUGUGUACAGCUUCGGUGUCAUACUCGUGGAGCUUUUAACAAGAAAGAAACCACACAUCUACAUGUCACCAACAGGUGACAGUCUGAUGGCACAGUUCCUGUUGCUGCAAAGUCAAGACAAGCUGUGUGAGAUACUAGACCCCCUAGUCGCCAAGGAGGGGGAAGACGAAGCCAGAGAAGUGGCAGAGAUUGCUGCCAUGUGCUUAAGCUCAAAUGGGGAACACAGGCCCACAAUGAAGCAAGUUGAGAUGAGACUUGAAGCAUUGCGAGGUGGUGCAGCCACAAAUGUUGAGAAUUCCACAGGAAUUGAAGGCCACAUAUUGAACAUUCCUUCAGUUGAAGUGGACAAUGGCAAAAGUUCUGACAGCAGUAACGUCAGUAGGCGAUACAGUAUGGAAAGAGAAAUGUUAUCAUCGAUGAGUUUUCCCAGGUAACCUGGGCUCCGUAAUCUAAAAUGACUGUGGGGCUUGGGGAAGCCUGAAGCCCCGUUGAAGCCUGCGGCAUUUCUAUGCUUACAGAUUGACCAGAAGACCAGGUCCUCCUCUUGCGACGGCAACAAGUGCACCUGAACCCAGGCCCUUAGGAAUCAGAAUCAGACAGCUGGUCUCUCGGGUACGCAGCCGAGGAGCAGAUGUGGUAGAUGGACUCAGAGAGCUGAUCACAUAUUUAUACAUUUUAGGUUUUUUAGUUGAUUUUUGUACGUUUUAACUCUACCCAACCCUAAAAAUUAAGGGUCUUAUUGAUCUCAUACAUGAAAAGGCAACGGUGAGUCUAACAACAACUGUUCUUCUUUCGGCUGGACUGUGGAAUGUAAGUCUAACAACUAGUGUUCAUUUGAAAGAUAUCCAUUCUCUGUUAGCAGCUU